AUGGAAUAUGUGAUCCGCUUCGCGCAGGUCCACGAAACCUUUCGACGACCGGAAAUCGAGUCUCUGGCCGCUUUGGCCGGGAUUGAUCUGGAAAUACUAUAUUAUGACCAGUUUUCACCAUACUGCGUAAUAAGAGUACCAACCGAAGCAGAUGCGCGCACUCUGAUCGCACGCAGUAUCUUAGCCAAAGACAUCUUCGAACUCUGGGGCCAAGGCACCAACUAUGAGGAAGUGCACGCCGACGUCCGCAGGCGGACACAGCACCGCUGGGAUGAGUUCAAGAAUGUCUCUUUUCGCUUCACUAUUGAUUCAUUCUGCGGGAAGCGCAAGAUAGAGGCCAAGCGAGCUAUCAUUCAGUCGUUCUCGUAUGUGGGAUUUGACGGCCCAAUCCGAAUGAAGAAUCCAGAUGAGGACUUCUGGGUCCUGGAAGAUUUCGUUUCGGACGUUGAGGUCGCCACAAGAACGCCAGGUAAUACACAUGCCUAUAGCGAGGCCCUGGAGCCUAGGAAGAUCUAUCUCGGUCGCUGGAUUGCUAACAGUAGUCGCAAUAUCGUCUCCAAAUACGACUUGAAGAAGCGUCGGUAUAUCAGUACGACGUCUAUGGAUGCUGAGCUGAGUCUGGUCACGGCGAAUAUGGCUCACGCAGCUCCUGGGAGAUUGUUCUAUGAUCCUUUCGUAGGAACAGGAAGUUUCUGUGUUGCGGCGGCGCAUUUUGGAGCCUUGACCUGUGGGUCGGAUAUUGAUCCCCGGAGUUUCAAGGGUAGGGAGAAGAAUGACAAGGAGCCUAUGGGGUUGUUUACCAACUUUCAACAAUAUGGCAUCGAGAGCAAGUUCAUGGAUGCGUUCUCUUCGGACUUGACGAAUACACCGCUGUUGAACCGCCAGUUCUUGGAUGGUAUUGUCUGUGACCCUCCCUAUGGUGUUCGUGAAGGCCUUAGGGUUUUGGGAACUCGAGAUGGUAGUGGUCGAGAAGAGGUUAUUAUCGAUGGUGUCCCAGCACAUUAUCGACCUGGUUACAUUCCUCCCAAGAAACCUUACGGCUUCGAAGCAAUGCAGAAUGAUAUCCUCGCUUUCGCAUCCAGAACUCUCGUCACCGAUGGUCGCCUAUGCAUGUGGAUGCCCACCUCCAUCGACGAGGAUGUGGAGUUGCUAAUUCCCAUGCACCCACACUUGGAAGUUGUCAGCGUUUCUGUGCAGCCGUUCAAUCAAUGGUCCCGCCGAUUGAUCACUUACCGAAGACUACCAGAAGGGCAGGUCUCAGACAUCUCCAAGGCACGACAGAAGGGUGAUUCGGAGGGAAUCAGCGCCGAUGACCUGAACGCGUUCAGGAGAAAGGUAUGCCAUCAAUAUACUCUAUCAUAUGCCCCAUAG